GCGCCGGGAGGGACACUUCUAGCCCCGCUCUGUGAUUGGUUCUCCGCCCAGUGAGCGCUGAGUUUGUCUGUCGGGUAUACAUUGUACGUUGGAGGUGACACACGAUGGCGGCCAAUCCGUGGGGUCCAGUGCAGUCCACUGCGGCGUCUUCUCUGAUAGAGAGGUGUCUGGGAGCUGGAGUUCUGACAGAGGACAUGCUGGACCCGACACAGGAAGAGACUUCAUACUUCAGUCGUGUAGAUGAGAUGGAGAGGAUUUCUGCACUCAAGGCUGAGAUUAGAGAGAAGAAUCUGGAACUAGAAAUGCUGAAGCUUGAGAAAGUGACUGCUGACAUCACUCAUCCCCUUUUCCUCAGUCAGAAAUGUGAGGCCCUGCAAAGACUAAACAGCCACUUGGAGGGAGUUUUGCGAGAGAAACGUAGUUUGAGACAAAGGCUGGCUAAACCACUAUGCCAGGAAAACUUGCCCAUUGAAGCAUCAUACCACAGGUUUGUUGCUGAACUUUUACCCCUCACUAUUAAAUUCAUUGAGAAUUUAGAAUUCUUUGUCCAGACCAUCCGGAAAAUUCCUGAGAUUCCAGAAUGUAGUAAAAAUCUGGACACGGCUUUGGUAAGGAUGGAAUCUCUUGAGGCAGAUUUAGAGGAACUGACUGAGCAGAUCUUAAAAUGGAGAGAAAAACACAUGAACCUUUUCCCAGGCAAUGCACAAGCAAGUUCCAGCAGCAUAAAUACAUCAACUUCUUACUUAUCAAUUGAAAACCUGCACCACUAAUAGUCCAGCUUCACAGUCUGUACAUAUAUGCAGCCUUAUUUAAAGUCUUAACUUUUUUUUUUUUUUUUUGUGGGCAAGGGUAGGAAUUUCUUUCAGGUGUUAGUACUGUCUAUGAUUUCCAAUCAAGGAGGUGACACCAGGACAGGAAAUAAGGAUAAUGUGGUCACUGAGACAGGAAAACACAGACAGUAUUUGACAGAUCACAAAAGUUUUAACCUUUUUUACAAAAAAAAUGUUUUGUUAAUGUAUUUGGGCCCUAUUGGAGAAAUUUCCCUUAACUUUGUGGCCUGCUGAUUCAUUGUCAUAAUGGACAGGAAGUAAGGAAUUUCAGGCCAGGGUUUUAACCCUUCCCAACUUGGAGUUGGUUCAUUUGAUUCAUAAAAUACAUAUUUUGAUUGGCUGCCAUGGAAGAUGGCUUGUGGCCUACAUUACACAUCCAGUAUUAAGAAAUCUGAAAGAUCCAUGUAUUCAAAACCUGUGUAUUUAUUAGACUUCCUCAUUGUAUUUUUGUAUAUAUAUGUGUUUAAAAAUAAAUUUUUAAACUUUGCUAAUAA